AUGGAGCGGUUGUCGUGUCUACUGGCUCCGCCUGGCCCGGUGGUGGGGUGUGGGGUCAUCUUGUCCUGGCUUGCACUAGACGAGAAAGGUCAGAUGAUCACUGAUAAGAUAACGGGUACCUCUACUAUAAACAUCCCGGCCUUUGCAUUUGGCCGCGCUGUGCUCCCUCACACGGCCGUAGAUGCUACCAAAGAACUAAACAUUCGAGUCGGCGACCAGAUCGCCGUCAUAGACAUGCGGGAAGAUGAGUUCGACCAGUUGUGGCUCGUCAAAUCCAAUCUGCAGACAGGGCUUGUGCCUGCGUCAUGCAUCCGCCUUAUCGAGAAAAUAUGCCCACCCCCAGUAAAGAAUAUCGAGGCGCCCAAAUCGAGCGCGAAACGCAAGUCACGACACUACAACAGACCCACCAUUGAGCACAGCGUCACAUUACGGGAUCAAAGCGGGACGGCCGAUGAUGAAAGCGAAGCAACCGCUGUAAAAGCAACCGAGACGGAAACUCGACGGAAACCGGGGCCUUUCAAUGGGUCUCGCAAUUCCCUCUCGUCCAUCUCACAAAGUAACAACUGCACGGCAAUUGGCGCAGCCAUAGUUCUAACAGAGUUCGUUGCUAGGCAACCGGGAGAGAUCUCACUGAAAGUGGGGACAGUUGUGUCGCUCCUGGAGGCGGAUAGCACAGAGACUAUGUGGAAGGGCAAGAACAGUACAUGCGAGGUACAACAUGCAUAUAUGUAUGAGACACACACGCACUUAUGA